AUGGAUGAUCAAAAUGGAAAACGACAAUGGCAACGAAAACGGACUAUGAUUUGUGGAACAUGGAAUAUACAGGGAAUUAGAACGAAGGUAGAUGACAUUUUACAAGAAAUUAAAAAACAUAAACUGGACUUUAUUGCUCUCUCUGAAACAAAGAAAAAAGGACAAGGUACACAAACACUCGGGGAAUAUAUCCACAUAUACAGAGGCGUUAACAAAGAAGAACAUGCAAAAAGGGGUAUAUCGCUCCUUAUACAUGAGAAGUAUAAGAAGAACGUCUCCAGCUGGGAAGCAAUAAGCGAUAGAACAAUAAAAGUUAAUGUCAAUUUAAAAGGCUGCAAAAUAACAAUAAUUGCUACUUAUGGACCUAAUGAAGACGCACGGGUAGAUGAAAAAGAAAAGUAUUAUGAAACGUUAAAUGAGCUAAUAUCUCAGACAGGUAACGAUCGAGAAAUCAUAAUACUGGGAGACCUAAAUGCUAGAACUGGCAAAGAAACGAAGCAUGAGAUAAUAGGGCCCUACGGUGAAAAUACCAGGAAUGAUAAUGGCUCCAGGUUGAUAGAUGUCUGUCAACAUAACUUACUAAGAAUAAUGAAUGGGUAUUUUAAACAUAAGGAAAUACACACAUAUACAUGGACGCAAAUAACUAGAAAUUUAAGAUCAAUAAUCGACUAUCUUAUAAUGAAACAAAAAACGAAGAUAAAAGUGCACAAUGUCAGAGUAUAUCGAUCCGCAGAAUGUGGAAGUGACCAUCAUCUGAUAAAAGCUAAGUUAAUAAUGCCAAUAAUCAAAGACAACAAACAAAAGAAUCAACUGCAAAACAGUAAAGAUUUAACAGAUAUAGAUAUACCAAACUAUAAUAUAGAAAGCCUUAUGAACGAGAGCACAAAAUUAUUAUACCAACAAAGACUGGACCAAAACCUCCCACAGGAGUACGAACAAGAACCAACAGACAAUCUUACCAAAGUAGUAAUUGACAGCAUACACAAAGCAGCCAAAGAAGCCUUAGGAUAUAAAGAAAUGAGAAAGAGAACACGAAAUUAUUGGUGGACUGAACAACUGCAAAAUUUAAAAGAACAAAAACAACGAUUGUAUCAUACCUGGCUAAGCACUAAAAAAGCAGAACAUAGGGAACAAUAUAGUGAAGCUGUAUCAAAAUUUAAAACCGCUGCGAUAGAGGCCAAAAACCUCAGCUGGGAAAAUAAAUGCAAGGAAUUGGAUACCUAUUUAGGAGGACGCCAAUCCAGGGAAUCGUGGAGAUUAAUAGAUAAUGUUAGAUCUGGCAGAAAAGAAAAUAUCCCAAUAGGCACCAUAUCACCAAAUAAAUGGCAAGACUAUUACCGCUCAUUACUCAGAGAACAGAGAUCUGAAUAUAGUAACAUGCCGGCUGAAGACAUACGGAUUACAGGUGAACCAAUAAAAAUCAACGUAGAAAAAACAAAGAAAGCUAUAACACUACUUAAAAAUGGGCGCGCUCUUGGUCCAGAGGGAAUACCUGCAGAAUUAAUAAAAGCAGGAACAAAUAGGCUGUAUAAUAUCCUAACAGAAAUUAUCAAUAGACAUCUAAAUGGAGAACCAAUACCGCAAACGUGGAAAGAAGGAUGGAUCACGUCCAUAUACAAGAAAGGAAAUAAGGAAGACUGCAAUAAUUAUAGGGGCAUUACAGUGACUAGUACGCUCAGUAGGUUAUACGGAAAAAUAAUAAAGGAGAUCAUUUGUGAAGAAUAUCACCCAUACGAAUCCGAGGAACAAAACGGCUUCAGAGCAGGUCGAUCGACGAUAGAUAGUAUUUUCUGUCUAUCACAAACAAUCGAAAAGAGAACCGUAAGAUCACAAGAAGUGCACUACUAUUGGUAG